CUAGGUCGUGUGGUUUCGUUGGCUCGCGAUCAUGUGCAUUUAUUUCCUUCAGCCGAGUGAGAGAGCAACAAGGCAUAGGCAACACGAUCCCUUGGCUAUGGCAAUCGCAAGGGCGAGUGUUCCUUUGAGAGUGUUUCGGAUCCACAUUCAUUAGGAAUGGGUCAUAUCUGAGUAUUUCAGUGGAUGCCUCGUCUGCUUGUAGUAGUUCUUCUGGUCCCCGUCCUGUGCCCUCUUUACGAGACACGCCGAGUAAUUCCUUGUAGAAGAUCCGGGGGUUAUUUGUUUGUCUUUGAUUUCAACGUUUUAUUGAUGAGUAUGUCGUGAACGUGAUGAGCAGAAUACCCGAUCCUUUUCUGAUGCCUGCACGCAGAGACGAAAACGGGAACAACUUCUACAUUUCCAUAGAGCUUCACAUUGUUCAUGGAUCGAAAUACUGAAUUGCUUUAAAUCUUGAUUCGCCCCCCCCACCCAGAGAGGCAAGGAGCAAGCAUAGCAGUUUCGCAAGUCAAUUCACAUCCUACCUAGAGGAAGCCAAAUAGCCGAAUGAGUGACCACGCCUAUGUACUUGCUUGCUAGUUCACGAUGCUCAAAAAUAUAGUUUCAUGGUAAGAACCCAGUUUCUAACAACCCAACAACUUUCAAUGAAACAACUCCGGACCCCCAGUCGUCAGUCGUAACCAGAUUUUUAUUUUUAUCUAGGCACGACUGGGUUUCCAUUUCCUAGAAAUAUAAAUUUCUCGAGCUUCAAACAUUGGGCGUUUGUCAUCUGGAGCGCUUUUUUCCUUGAAAUAGCGUCGUCCACCGCUUUGAACGUUUUCCAAAAUAAAUACAAAACUUUAGGCCGUGUUGUUGGACGAAGAGAGCGUGGUGUGUCAGUCUAGUCAUUCAGAUCAGCAGCUGCGUUUAGGGGCAAAAAAGUAAAACACCAAAAAAAUGUCGGCGGACAGAAAAGCAGUAAUCAAGAAUGCCGACAUGGCAGAGGAUAUGCAGCAGGACGCCAUCGACUGCGCCAUGCAGGCUUUGGAGAAGUACAACAUCGAGAAGGACAUCGCGGCCUUCAUCAAGAAGGAGUUCGACAAAAAAUACAACCCGGUACAACUAUCAAUCAAGGAUACUGCUGGCCGCUUUGGUUUUCGAUGAGGAUAUGAUAAGAUAUGUUGAUUUUAUUUUUACUGGGGUCUACUGUUUGUGUGUAGGUGUACUUCUACUUUUUGUAGUGCAUUUCCGCUAUGGAAUCAUUUUUAUGUCAAAAACAAAAACACAAAACAGACUUGGCACUGCGUCGUCGGCCGCAACUUCGGCAGUUAUGUGACCCACGAGACCAAGCACUUCAUCUACUUCUACCUGGGACAGGUAUUUGGAAUUCAGUUUGCAAUGCAUGGUAACUAUGCAUGAACAGGAUUUAAUCAAAGCAUGUUGUUGAAAGAGUUUCAUGAAACUAAAUGUUGAUGUUCAAAAUAACAGGUGGCCGUGCUGCUCUUCAAGAGCGGAUAAGUGGCGAGCGCUUCUCUUCAUCACUACAGUAUCGAAAUUAGCGACAAGCGGGUGCGCUUUCUGGGGUCGGAAAAAAAUGGCCGAUUCCGGGGUUCGUUCGCCGCGCGGGGUUGCGGAGGAGAGGUGAAAUGACAAUCCCGCAAUGGAAGCUGGCCCUUCUUGUUUUUAUACGAAAAUACUAGCACCACUCACAGCUAAAAGGAACAAGUUUACUUUUAUCAACAAAACAAAUUAGUAGAAUUAUGGCGACACAACCGAGU